UAUUUUAUUGUUGUAUGAACCUGUUGUACGAGUGUCUUUCUAUUUGUAAAACAAUAACAUGAUAUGUUUCUAUUAUGAUUACAAAUUGUAAAAUCCACUAAGCUAAGCGUUAGCAUGUUUGUUUUGCCUGCUAGCUAGCAAAACAACGUUGUUCUGUAAUUUUAGCACCUUAAACUACAUUUCCCAGUUUAUUUACCAAGUAAACACUCGUUUUGCAAAGUAGCAAACAAAUUCUUUUCCACACAGGAUGUUUCAGUUGUGGGACAACAUCGUCUGAAGUGGGACCAUCAUAGCUAACGCCACUCCGCGGCUCCAGUAUUUUUGUACAAUAAUGUGACAGCAGUCCUGCACAAACAGAGAAUGGACAGAGACUUGUUGCGGCAGUGUCUGACCUAUCAUGGAGAAUCUCUGUUCAACAAACUGAAAUGUGAACAAACAGAGAACCCAGACUUCCAAGCCGUGGUGUCUGACCUGUGUAAGGCCACGUAUCAGAGCAGGAGUGAAGAGAAGAGCAAUCCACUUGUGGAGCAGUUCAUUGCCAGGAAAGCAGACAUCCUGUUCAGUCCAGCAUGGAAGACUGCUACUCUUCAGGAAGAGGAGCACGAGGAGGAGGAGGCUACAGAGCCCUAUGCCAUCAUGCCACCGGUGGAGUUAUUCAUGGAGGUGUCGUAUGAGGAGAGGCGAUCCAUGAUGUACAGGGACUUGGAAAGAGGAGACAUUGUGGUGGGGAGGAUUAACAAUAUUAGGGAAUAUGGCUUCUUUCUCACUCUGCUCUGCAUGGCUGGAGGUCUGAAGAGAGACAUAGAGGACCUUGAGUUGUCGGCGCUGUGUCACAUCAGAGAAAUUCCCUCCAGUGGCAGCCAUGAUGAUCCCCUGUCCUACUACCAGAUUGGGGACUUCAUCAGAGCUGGAGUGAAAGACAUUGACCGCUACCAGGAAAAAAUCACAGUGUCCCUCCAUCAGGCCUCCCUUCCUUCCAGCUUGAAGCACAUCAAACUGGGUGUCGUUACCCGGGAGGAGCUGCCCAUACACUACAGUCGUAGCGUUCGAGCAGCCACUGACUCCAGUGAGACAUAUGAGCGUAUACUGACAAGUUGCCAUGGUUACCAGAACCCAUCUGUAGUGGACUACCUGCUGGAGAAGGUGGGAGUCAGUGACACCCACCCACCAUCAAUGAUGCGUGGACUGCAGAGUAAACUUUUCCUAGAGGAGGAUUUUGCUUCUGCAAUCAGGAAGAAGCAGUCUGCACAAUGGGCCUUGAAGUGUGUCCGUGCUGGUGUGGACCACUUCAAACACGGUCGCCAUGUGGACGCCAUGAAUGAAUACAACAAAGCCUUGGAAAUUGACAGUAAUAAUGUGGAAGCUCUGGUGGCACGUGGAGCUCUGUAUGCUAACAAGGGGAGCAUCAUGAAGGCUAUAACAGACUUUGAGUUGGCUUUGGAGAGCUGUCCAGAUCACCGCAACGCCAAGAAGUACCUCUGCCAGACACUGGUGGAAAGAGGAAAACAACUUGAAGAACAGGAAAAACUAGUAACAGCAGAAGGACUGUACAGGAGAGCGCUGUCUCUAGAUGACUCAAACCCUGAGGCACAGGAGGCCCUGCACAAGAUCACAGACACAAUACAGAAAUCGAUUCGCCUCCGGGAAGAAGCGCUGGCUAAGGAGCAGGUCAAAACUAAGAGCAGCCAGACCAGCGCUGAGAAAUUACGUAAGAUCUUAAAAGAGGAAAAGAGGAUGAAGAAAAAACGGAAGCGAUCAGCCUCUUCUUCUUCUUCAUCAUCUUCCACUUCCUCAAGGAACUCCUCCUCUUCUUCUUCAUCCUCCUCCUCUCGCAGGAGGUCCAAAAAGAAAAAAAAGAAGCGGAGGAGGUCUGAGCGUGGAAGUAAGCGCCAUCGCAGGAUCUCCUCACGGGAGAGCAGGAAGAGCGAGGAGGGUAAGAGCGACAAAGACAGGAAAGAAAAAGAGGAGGACGAGGUGGAGUGGUAUCCCGCACCUCCCAACACAUCUGCCACGUUUCUCAACCAGAGGGGAGUCCUGGGGUUUGGAGUGAGGGAUGGGGGGGAGGUAGAGGAGAAGGACGCUGAAGAUAGAAGGAUCAGUCAGCUGUACUCUUUGUCCGCAGCUUCAGAGGAGGAAGAAUCCGAUUCCCCACGCAGAGAAAGGAAGAGAAGGGACAGAGAGGAGAGCAGGAAAAGGAAGAACAGCCUGAGCAGAGGCCCAGUAAGAGAGGAGAGGAGGAGCAGGAGCAGAGAAAAGAGGGAGAAGAGCAGGGAAAGAGGAAAGGAGGAUAACAGGAGAGACAGCAACUUCAAGAGGAGAAGUAGCGCAGACGAGAAUCGGAAAUUAUCCUGCUCGUCUGCUGAGGUGGAAUGCUCCUGGAAAUCUCGAUCGGAAUAUUUAGGAAACUCUGGUUCUGCUUCCAAACACCCAGAGAGCAGGUUGAGACACGACUCGUCAAGUAGGAACUCCUUCGAUGGUGGUAGGUAUGAGAACAGAGGGAGGCAGGAGAAUCGUGACGUAGAAGAGGCAAAAAGUGAGAAGGACAGUAGAAAGUUCAGGGCUGAGGAGGAGAGCAGCUCAUCAGAUCGAGGGCACGGUAGAAAAUCGGAGAGCGCUGGAAAUCAUUAUGAACAGACCAGCAUGAGGCCUAGAAAAGACGUCCCUGCUAACCUGCUGGAUAUUUUUAACCAGAUUGCCCAGUUUGAGAAAGAAAAAGGAGUGAAGCUGAAAAAAUAGCACCAAUACAAAACCUCACAAGAUAGAAAUUAUAUGGAAACAGUAUGAAAUGGAUGGUUGUGCCAUGAAUUCACUCACUGCACCUAAUCAAUGAUCAGAUUUGAUGCUGACUGAAUGUCCCCAGUCGUUGUAAGCUACCUUUAGUUUUGGAGAACAUGAGUCAUUUUACUUUGAAAAGUCGUGUUCUUUAUGGUAGAUUUAAGGCCUGCUGAAGCAACUAUUGGAAAGUAACUUGUCAAAAUGUAAUAAAAUGUGCUUCUGACAGUGAUAUUGACUAUUAGUAAUCAAGGAAGACCCGACAACUGAUAAUUGAAUACAUUGAAGUAACAAUUAAAACUUUGUUGUCCAAAUUUGGAAUAACACAGACCCCAGCAGAAAACUUCAAAGAAAUGUCAUUAUUUAUGUUUUACAUACACUACUGUUCUAAAGUUUGGCCUCACUUAGAAAUGUCCUUAUUUUUGAAAGAAAAGCAGCUUUUUUCAAUGAAGAUAACAUUAAAUGAAUCAGAAAUACAGUCUAGACAUUGUUUAUGUGGUAAAUGACUAUUCUAGCUGGAAACGGCUGAUUUUUAAUGGAAUAUCUCCAUAGAGGUACAGAGGAACAUUUCCAGCAACCAUCACUCCUGUGUUCUAAUGCUACAUUGUGUUAUCUAAUGGUGUUGAAAGGCUAAUUGAUGAUUAGAAAACCCUUGUGCAAUUAUGUUAACACAUGAAUAAAAGUGUGAGAUUUCAUGGAAAACAUGAAAUUGUCUGGAUGACCCCAAACUUUUGAACGGUAGUGUAUACUUAAUUAAAAGAGAACUUUUAGCAUUUCUCCUUUAGACUGAUAUCCUAUUAUUAUUCAUUAUUUUUAUGGGUUCUUCCAUUUCCAAUCAUCAGGGACCUUCUGCUCUAACACCCCUGAUUUAAAACUCUGUUUGAAAUCAUAAAGUGAAUAUUCAACAUGAUAUCUGAAAUUUUAGAUUGAUGCAUCAAGUAUGUCCCACUUUCAGCAUUGAAAUUUGAGGCUAUAGGCUGAAAGAUUACAGCCUGAAAUUUCCAUUUCCAUCUUGCUCCUGAUUCAGAAUCUGCAAUAUUAGUACAUUUCAUCAAAUAAUCUGUGAUUGUGGGUGUGUUGAAAUAUUAAAACAAAAAAUUAAAACCAUCACAAAAUCAUCUUUUAGUGCACAUUAGCAAAGAAAAAAAGAUGAUAUAGAAGUGAUAUUUUCUGAACCAUAUGUUGUUGUGUCAUAAUACAAAUAAAGGCACAUAGCAUUUAUCCUCAGUUUCUGAGACAUCGUUCUUCAAACAUCACAACACUUGCAUCUGAAGGGGAGUCGAUGUGCAAUUUUGCAACAAAUUACAUCUCUGAAAGGACUUGAUGUAUUAAGGUGACAUUUUACAAAUAUCUUUCUAAAUAACCAUAUUUUAUGUUCUAAAAAUUCAAGGCAAAUCAGAGAUGGUUGAGCGGAAAUUGUCCUAAAAUUUGAUGAUUUGAGGCGAUGAGCUUUAAAAAAAAAAUUACCAUAAUCAGACAAAUGCUGAAUAUCGGAUCCAAUUAUUGGCUAUACUGUUAAUCAGUCUAUCUUUGCUUUUAACUGAUUGAAUUUCAUUGUAUUGAUGUAAACUAAGAAUUCCAGCGAUUAAAGAUAGUAGUUUUUACAUCAUCUCUUUAGGAUGGGGCCUUUUUGUGUCCAUUUUGACACGUUGCUGCAUUAUUUUGCACUGCAGGCUUUAUUGUCUCUUGUGACGUUAAGUUGAGACUUUUUGGUGUUAAAGAUGAUGACUGCCUUCUGUUUACUACCGUGUGCCAUGUUGUGCGUUCUAUGUAUGACUUGUUCAGACUCUUCCCAGACAACCUGACUGUUAGCGCUGUGGUUCUUUUUCCAGCUUUACACAACACAAAUGUCCCAGCUGUAUUCCGACACAUUUUCUCAUGUCGUAAAAAAAAAAAAAAAAAAAAACACCCAAUAAAGCAUUCAAAAUGUCAAAUCUU